GCGGAUCUCUCAUGGGUCCGGACAGGGAUGGCCUCAAUGCGCAUGUGCACAGUCAGCAAUUUGCUAACGCAAGAAACACAGUCUGUAGCCAGCAUUGUGGAAAAGCGUCGAAAGAAAAUACAUUUGAAAUACGGGAAACAUUAAUACGUUUUGAAAAUAAAUAAAGCAAUAUGGCUGUUCGGGUGGAAAAUGGACGAUAGUGAAAAUGCCAUGGAUACCACAGUCGUGUUCCGGAAUUUAAACUGGCGAUAAAGAAUCUGGAGAAGCUACACGACCUGUCUGCAGAAACAGGAAAAACUACAUAUCGUAAAUACACAGAGCUGCUACGGGUAGUUUGAUACCGGACUAGUUAUAUUUAUAACCAAUGUGGACGUCGUACGCGAAUUGAUUGUGUGAAGCUGAGUUACUGCAGAAUUUCCAUCCGAGAAACAGCAAGCGGCCUGGAAACGCAAUUGAUAACCAAGCUUCUGGUGGAUAUACACAAACUUCCAAGUACAGUGCUGAGGCAUACAAUAAUGAGACAUUUCAGAGCAGCUGUGUACUGUUGUUAUUGCCAACACUAAAUGCAUACUUUCAUUGGAAUUGGCGACACUUGAAACAGCUGAGAGAACUUUAACUUGACAUUAAUUAGUUAAUUAAUUCAUCCAGCCACCUACUGGAGCUGGAGUAGCGCGAGGUGUUCGCACACAGAACAACAUAAGUCGCGGUAUUAUGGUAUUUAUUGUCAAUUAAGUAUCUAUUAGACAUGACAUCAGUUCAGUUAGUCAUAUUUAAUUUAUAGGCUUGGUUGUUUAGUGUUUGGGAUUCCAGAAAGUAAGCCAAUGGAACAAGGUCUGAAGUGAGACAAUUAAGGCGUUAUAAAAAUAUUGACGUUGUAUUUUCUACCAAACCGUACUCUCUGCUUUACAUAAGCGAAACACAACAAAGUGAUUGAAGGUAAAAAACCGAAAUGAAAAUGUGUAAACUGUGCUGGGGAGAUUUGAAAACUUAAACAGCUGAAGUGUUUUUUUUUUUUUUUUUUUUUUUUUUUUUUUAAUCUUUCUGUACAUACAGACUAUAUAAACACUGUCAGUUUUCUUUUAUAAUACAUUGCGUGGGGGUGAGUGAACUGGUUGAUUUGGUAAUAUAAUGGCCCGAAAUCAGGAGAACGGACUGCAGGCCGACUCACAGAAUUUGAGAGGGACCAGUGAAAACCUUUCGGAAAGAGAUAACAGCUCCAUCGGAUCCGAUUCGGAGAUCAACGGUUUCACCACAGAGAAACAUACUGAUAAAUACGGGUUCAUCGGAGGGGCGCAGCAGCACACGGAGGAAUCAGCUCAGGAUGUCCCCCCAGAGGUGGUGAGACAGAGGGAAGUCAAAUGGCUGGACAUGCUCAACAGCUGGGACAAGUGGAUGGCAAAGAGACACAAGAAGAUCAAGCUGCGGUGUCAAAAGGGGAUCCCACCCUCCCUGCGUGGCCGGGCCUGGCUCUACCUGUCUGGGGGGAAGGUCAAAUUGGAGCAGAACCACGGCAAGUUUCAGGAGCUGGACAGUAAGGUGGGGGACCCCAAGUGGCUUGAUGUCAUCGAGAGGGACCUUCACAGGCAGUUCCCAUUCCACGAGAUGUUUGUGUCACGAGGGGGCCAUGGACAGCAAGACCUCUACCGAGUGCUGAAGGCCUACACACUGUACCGUCCAGACGAGGGCUAUUGCCAGGCCCAGGCUCCCAUUGCAGCUGUCCUGCUCAUGCACAUGCCUGCCGAGGAAGCAUUCUGGUGCCUGGUUCAGAUCUGUGAGAAGUACCUCCCUGGAUACUAUAGUGCUGGAUUGGAGGCGAUUCAGCUGGAUGGGGAGGUAUUGUUUGCCCUCCUCCGCAGGGUCUCCACAGUGGCCUACAAGCACCUGAAGAAGCACAAGAUCGACCCCGUCCUCUACAUGACGGAGUGGUUCAUGUGUGCUUUCUCCCGCACCCUGCCCUGGGCCUCCGUGCUGCGCGUCUGGGACAUGUUCUUCUGUGAAGGAGUGAAGAUCAUAUUCAGAGUGGGGCUCGUCCUGCUGAAGAACAUGCUGGGCUCCUCUGACAAGCUGAAGGUGUGCCAGGGCCUGUACGAGUCCAUGGAGCGGCUGAGAACCGUGGAGCCCAGAUACAUGCAGGAGGGCUUCCUGAUGAGAGAGAUAAUCGAGCUGCAGGUGUCGGAGCGUGACAUUGAGAAGGAGCACCUGGUGCAGCUGAAGCGCUGGAAGGAGACGCACGGAGAGCUCCACUGCAAGUCCCCUCCCAGAAUGCACGGUGCCCGGGCCAUUAUGAUCGCCGAUCCCCCCACCCGCAAGGACCUGCGGCAGACUCCCACUAUCAUCAUGGAGCCCCCCCUGGAAGACUCCAGAUCUAAACAGAAGAAGAAAGGGAAGAACAAACGAGAGCCCCCCAGCAAUCCCCCCCCAGAAACCCUGAGCCCAGUCCACCCUCCAAGCCCCACCCUCCAGAAAGACACUCCCUUGCAGCAGUCCAACCAGAGCCUGAGCUCAGGCAGCACUGAGCAGGACACAUACCUGUAGCCCAUCUAUUGUGAGCCUGUGUUACAACAUCCUGUUCCCAUUCAAAGGUUUCAUCAAAAGGGGCAGGAUCGCCUCCACCUGACACCGCUGUUAUGGACUCCCUCAGGACUCUCUGUAUUCUUCCACUUUUAUAUUAUACUGCCUGUUCCAUCAGGGUAUCCCUACUAAUUAACAGUCCAUUAAUGAGAAACUCCUACUUCUUGUUUCCUACCAGCCUUGGGGCAUAUUUCUGCCUGUGUGGCUGUGUCACCUAGUGCUGCAAGAGAUUUAGUUCAUUUAGAUUGUAUUUUACAACUCUGAAGUCUGUUCAUCUGUACACUGGGGAUCUUUCCACUGGUUAUGAAUAAGAAUGCCACUGCCUGCUCAUAUGUGGAAUAGCUUCUGUCAAGGUGCCAAUGAACCCACGCUAUGGUGAAAUUUAAAAGUAUACAGGUGUUUUAAGCAAUAGCUGAUUUUGAAUAUAACAGAGGUUCUGGGCAUCUCGUGCAGCACUAGCUUGUCUGCAGUUUGCGAACCCAAAGCAUGGCAGAAGCACCUCCAAUAAGCAGCCACAAAUGCCCCAUUUUGGUGUUUACCCAGAUCUGUAUCUUGGGAACUUUUUCUCCAUGGUGGUUGGUUGUAAUUGGUAUUUUUUAAGUGUAGGGAUGUCCACCCACCCACCCACACACACACACACACAAACUCUCUGAACAAAUACAGGCUUUUGAGUGUUUAGAGAAUAUACUUACUAUAUUAUCUCAAUAUAUCUCUAACAUAGCAAAGAAAACUAUUGUUUUUUGUGUGUGUGGGCAUAGGGGUGUGAAUUGGAUCAAGGCUCAAAUACCUAAUCUAUGUUAUAGCUUUCUGAACUAUAUAGGUUUUUGUUUUUUUGUUUCUUCAAAUACAUGAUAUAGAAUUAAAACAUAAGCUCAUGCACUUUGAUACUGGAUGUAUGACUGAUUCAUGGCACAAGCAACAAAAGAAAACCUUGAUGAGAGUUCUUUGAAAAUGGUAUGUAUAUUUAAUGUGUUAGGUGCACGAAAGAGUGAUUGACACAAUCUGGAAGUGGUUUGUUUUCCAGUCCAGAUUCAUCCUUUCACUACACGCAAACUUCAUCUCUGUAAUUAUUUCCAAUGGAAUCUGAACUGGUCACUUCAAACAAAGUGUCAAGCAGCUGAAAGGAAUGUUUUAUGCUGGUUCCCCCUUGUGGUUGAAGUGGAGUAUGACUACUUUUCUAAAGUGAGACUUUCUCCUUUUCAGCAUUUAUUUUCCAGGGGUUCACAAAAUCAUGUUCUUUAUUGAAACAUAAUACGCAGUAUGACCAGUAAUGACAUUGUCUGAUCCAAUGUGGCCAGGCGGAAAUUUCCAAGUUAAGUCCCAGCAAAUAAAACAGGUGUCCGUCAUACCAGACUCUUGUUAACUUUAUUAUGGUAUUUUGUGAGCCUCCGAAAAACAAAAAAAUAAAAUACACAAACAAAAUAGGAUAGAACUGUAAACACCUAUCUUAAGAGGGGUUGUCUCUUCAAUUGAAUUACAAUGGCCAGGAAAAUAAUGUCCAUAGCCUUGGCACAGUGUUCUAUUCUUGUGAUCUCAACCACCACCAUAUACACAUUUGUAUAGAACCCAUUUGUUGCUACAAAAGUUGAAUCACCAACUGCAGGUGUAUCCAGGAAUAAAAAGCUUAAGCCUUGGUGCAUUUACUCAACACUGUUCAAUGCAUGAUGAACUAAACAGUGGGCUCCUCUUACCUGCAGUCACUCGGGGCUGGGAACAACUGCAGCUUUUCAAAACGUUCAUUUAAACACGCAAACAUGUGAUGUGGUCAUUUACCUGUCGCACUGUACCUGUAUGUUACCACCCAUACUGAACUCCAGUCUUUUUCUUAACUUUUGUUUACUGAGCAUUCUUAUGGUGCUGAGAAUCUUGUGGUUGGUUUUUUUUAAAGUUAGUUAGAAUUUGCUGUAAGUCACCCAGUCUGUUUGCAGCUUAGACCACUGGAGGAAUCUUGAACUACAGCAGCAGCUAGUUGUUAUCUAUAGUGUUGUCUAGUGAGAAUAUUACAAUUCAUUUUAAAACCUUUAGUACAGUACCAUUUGUAUUACUGGUUUUGUAACAGAAGAGCUAGAUAACAUGGCUCAAUGUGCAAGUGGAAGAUCUGAACCAAAAAUAUAGAUGCUUUAUUAAAGAAGCUGCAUGACCGAAAUUCUCUAACAAGCACAGGGUGUGUGUUAAUCUCUGGUGGACGGACCAAUCGAUGUUGAAUUAUUCCAAGCUGAAUUAUUCAGAUGUUCACAUUCCAACCUCCAUCACUUAAAGCAUUUUCUUUUUUGAAGGAGAAAGCAUUUAGUAUCUUUUAAAAUGACCAGCUAAGUGGCGUCUACUUGUAAUUGUUCAGAUAUGUUUGAUGCGAGGGCUAGUCCCUUUACAGCAAGGGUUACAUUUUAAACCAACAAGUAGAUUCAUGUUCUCGGUAGCCAUUCCUUCAAUACAGACAGACCGACGGAGUUAUAAUUCAGUAAAGUAACUUUAAAAUAAAUGUUCUUUAUUUUCUUUACUGUCCACUUCCUUUUUCUUCACUGGUUCAGCUCGGAAUGAUUGCAAAUAUCAUACAAGGAAAAUGUAUUUGUGGGUAUAUAUAUUUAUGGGUUGGUGACACAGUAAUUAUCUUCUAUCAGGUUACAGAUGUUUGCAAAUGUGCACCAAACUGUACAGUCUUAAAUUUUAUUGGUUGUGACAAAACUGUAAAAAGUUCUUAAGACCACAUCUCGCAAUAGCAAAUGAAAACGAAGGGGGAUUUUUAGAGAGUUUGCUUCCAUUCCCAUUUUGUCUGCAUUUCACGUUUGAUUACAAAAACGCACGAUGCGAUCAUUCCUCCUUCCAUCAAGUGCUUUGGAAGACACUUUGACCUCCCAAAUUUCAGACUGCUGGCUUAUUCGAAAGACUCGGCUUGUAUUACAGAUGUAUGGGCAAUACCUAAAAUGAAAAAAAAGGGAACUUAAAAAGUUAAGUUGUAAUGCUUGGAAGUGAAUGCCAUGACACUAAUGGAUAUAUGAAUUUUCUAGCACUUUUGUAUGGAUUGUAUAAGCUUUUUUUAAAUGGAGACUCCAGGUAUUGUGUUUUGUUUUUUUUGUACAGCAGCUUUACCAAACAGGGAACUGACAUGACUAUAAACCAUAUGUUGCAACUGUACUGUAGACAUUCUUAAAUAAAUGAUAACCAAGC